AUGUUCUAUGUACGAUCGAAUCUCGAAAAAAACACCGUGGAAAACCUUUGGCAUAUGGAUGACAUUACAACGAACAACAAAACUCCAACCGAUUUAUCAUGGUCGGGUGAAAAAUCGAAAAGAAGAAAUGAAAAGAAAGAAAAAGUGAAAGUAAAUCAAAGUGCCCGAUGUGAUCAGCUCCGCCCAUGCAAUUCUCCUAUUCGUCAAUUUUGCCGUUGA